AUGGAGCCGGACUCGAUCAUAAACUUAGCUACGGAACAAAUGGUUCCUGCUCCAGCAAUCGACAUCAAAAUGAUGCGUCAAGGCUUGUCUGCCUAUCUGAUUUUGUUUAUCAUGGGCAUGCUGUGUGCUAUCAUAAACGUCGUACUCAUCUAUGUCCUGCUCAGAUCACCGAAACUUUGUGCCGAACUCAGGUUAUUAGUGUCAUUGGCGUUUGGCGAUAUGACAAACUGUAUUUCACUGAGCCUGCUGGGCUACUUUCGUUAUCAUCUCUACUUGAAUGCUCUACAGACUGGCUUGGUGCCAUUGGAAACAACGCGUACAUGCGCAAUGAAGCCUCAUAUGUGGUUACGGUAA